GUAUGAAGAAAACCAGCUAUUUUUGUUGGGAGAACUCAGAACAUAAGACCAAGAAAUCAGGCUCUUUUUCUCUCUCUCUCUCUAUAACUCUUCUUUCAAAGUUUUAAGCAAAGCUGCUUUCUUUCCACCUUUCUUCUUCUCUCGUGUUGUUCAUCCAAAUACAUCUUGCUUGGCUCUCUGCAAGCUGGGUUGAGUAUUAUUACCUGUUGUUCUCUUGAAGCAAUUUGAUGUCUGUGCCACUGGAACAUGAUUACAUAGGUCUAUCAGAGGCUUCUUCCAUGGAAAGAAGCUCUGAGAAGAUCUCAUCUUCUGGUUCUUCCUCUACUGUCUGUACAGAGGUUGAGGAAAGCAAUGAUCUUAACCUCAAGGAGACUGAGUUGAGGCUAGGGUUGCCUGGUUCAGAGUCCCCUGAGAGGAAGGCUGGACCUGCAGGGGCUGGGGUUUGUCUUUUUGGGAAGGAUUUGGAGGAUAGAAGUCAUGUGGGGUUUAGCCCUCUGAAGAACUUUGUGUCAGGAGCUAAGAGAGGUUUCUCUGAUGCUAUUGAUGGUUCUGGGAAGUGGGAUUUGUCCAUGAAUGGUGGAUCUGAAUCUGAUUGGGGUAAGACAGAAGUUCUGUUCUCUCUCAAAGGAGGGAAUUCUGGCCCAAAGGACACCAAAACAUGCUUGCCUGGACCUCCCAUGAAAGAGGUUGCUCCUCCACCUCCAAAGCCUGCUGAGGAAAAGAAACCCUCUCCUAUAAAUGAGAAUGUUGGUGCUCCUGCCCCAAAGGCGCAAGUAGUUGGAUGGCCACCUGUUAGAUCAUUUCGCAAGAACACCCUCGUAAAGAAAAACAGUGAUGUUGAGGCGAAACCGGGACCUGGUUGCAUAUUUGUCAAAGUUAGCUUGGAAGGAGCUCCAUAUCUAAGAAAGGUUGAUCUUAAAAGCUAUGCUAACUAUUCGGAGCUCUCGUCAGCUCUCCAGAAGAUGUUCGGCUGUUUCACAGUUGGACAAUGCAGUUCUGAUGGAUUCCCUGGACAAAAGAAGCUCGAUGAAAGCAACUUAAUUGAUCUUACAAGUGGGUCUGAGUAUGUGCUAACUUACGAAGACAAGGAUGGUGACUGGAUGCUUGUUGGUGAUGUCCCAUGGGAGAUGUUCACCGAGUCCUGCAAGAAAUUACGAAUCAUGAAAAGUGCAGAUGCCAUUGGUCUAGCACCGCGGGCUGCACAGAAAUUCAAGAUCCAGAAGUGAUGCAGGAAAUCUCCUGCGAGGAGAAUCCCGAGAUGCCUGCAGGCUGCAGCGAGCCUGCACUGUGCACAGUAUAGGAUAUUCCUUCUAGUUUUGUGGUUUGAUUAGGUGUAACAUCCAAUGAAUGGAACAACUACUGUGAUCAAGAAGAUAUAGCACCAACAUAGUUGUGUACUCUCUGAACAUGUAACUUUCAACUCAAGUUGUUAAUGCAAACUUAAAUAGUUGCUUUGUACUA